AAUCCAAUUUCUCAUUUAAAAAAUCACAAGUAGAUUGUACGAAUCCAAGCAGUUUCAUAACUUAAAAAUUAAAAAUAAUGGCUACAAUAACUCCCAAUUCAAUCUCAUUCUCAAUCUUACCCUCAGUUAAUCCUCUUUUCUCCUUCCUCUCCCUCUCUCCAAUCCUCUCUCGUUUUCGUCGCCGGAAACCGCUUUCCUUCACCAUCUCAGCUGGCUCCUCCCGCCGGAGACCGCCUUUUGAGCCACCGGACUCCAAAAUGUCAGUCUCAGUACAGAUGCCAGCUGGUUCCGUCAGACGAGAUGUCGAAACUGAACCGUUGAUAGAUUCUAGAAAUCGAAAGGGGGAUCUGCCGACAACCACUGUUAAAGAAGAUUCUGUCUUGUCCAAUAAAAGUGUGCCUCACAAGAACAAAUAUUCUUUAAGUUCAAUCAGUUGCUUUGGAGUGGAUCUAACCCCAGAUAACAUUGCUGUCGCUAUGGUAUAUUUUGUUCAAGGCGUCCUGGGCCUUGCUAGGCUUGCUGUAAGUUUUUACUUGAAAGAUGACCUACACCUAGAUCCUGCAGAGACAGCCGUCAUAUCUGGUUUCUCAUCAUUGCCAUGGCUCGUGAAACCAUUGUAUGGUUUCAUCAGUGAUUCCUUCCCACUCUUUGGAUACCGGAGGAGAUCAUACUUGGUACUCUCAGGGCUUCUUGGAGCAUUCUCAUGGUUUUUGAUGGCCACCUUCGUUGAUAGCAAGUAUAGUGCUGCCUUCUCCAUACUUAUUGGUUCUCUUUCUGUCGCUUUCUCAGAUGUUGUUGUAGAUUCCAUGGUUGUUGAGAGGGCACGCGGUGAGUCUCAAAGCAUGUCAGGAUCUCUUCAGUCAUUGUGCUGGGGUUCUUCGGCAUUUGGGGGAAUUGUGAGUGCCUACUUUAGUGGCUCCCUUGUGGAGGCUUAUGGUGUGAGGUUUGUUUUUGGUGCAACAUCAUUACUUCCACUCAUAACAUCUGCGGUAUCUGUACUUGUGAAAGAACAGCCUGUACGAGGCCCAGCAAGGGGAGUUUCUUUAGGCAAUGGUUUCAUAGAGAGCUCAAAAAACAAUUUUACCCAGUUAUGGGGAGCUGUUAAGCAGCCUAGCGUUCUACUUCCCACCCUAUUUAUUUUCUUAUGGCAGGCAACGCCACAGUCAGAUUCUGCUAUGUUUUUCUUCACGACAAACAAACUUGGUUUCACUCCGGAAUUCCUUGGUCGUGUUAAGCUUGUCACUUCAGUUGCAUCACUUAUUGGUGUGGGGCUUUAUAAUGGGUUUUUAAAGAAAGUUCCUCUACGGAAGAUAUUCCUCGUAAUGACUCUCAUUGGUACAGCUCUUGGUAUGACUCAGGUUCUUCUUGUGACUGGAUUGAACCGGCAGUUUGGCAUUAGUGAUGAGUGGUUUGCUAUUGGGGAUUCCUUGAUUAUAACUGUUCUGGGUCAGGCAUCUUUCAUGCCUGUUCUAGUAUUAGCUGCAAGAAUUUGUCCACAAGGAAUGGAAGCAACUCUCUUCGCGACCCUUAUGUCCAUAUCCAAUGGAGGGAGUGUCCUUGGAGGUCUAAUUGGUGCAGGUCUAACCCAGGUAUUUGGUGUCACCAAGGACAGGUUUGACAACUUGGCUUUUCUGAUAAUUCUCUGCAAUCUCAGCUCUCUAUUGCCUUUGCCCCUACUUGGUCUUCUUCCUGACGACGAACCAGAUACAAAAGACAAUACUGAUAUUGAGAUGAAGUCUAAUUGAAUUCUUCCCUGCUGUGCAAAUCCUGAAUCUGCCCAAGUAUCUCUGAAGCUUUUCAAGAAAACAAUAGGAGAGAAUACAAUUGUAAAUACAAAUACUAAUAUUGAAUGACUAAAGAUAACGAGUCAUGAUGUCAAUUCAUCACACUACAGAAGAAGUUUAAUGGAUUAGGAACUUGUUUAAGCAUGAGAUAGAUCUCGUUCCGUGAUCCACGACUUUGGUAUAGUUGUAAGAGCAUUA